CCCUGAUCGGUGUGCCUGUCCACUGUAGCCUAAGCAACUGUGGAACAACUUUGGAAGAAAAGAUAUGGUUUAAAUGUGACUCAUCUUUUUCUGGAUAUCGUCAUUUUUAGAUUGAAGAAAAGAGGCUGAAGACUGAGGGAAAUAGUGAAUUCCACAAUGAACUGUAUAGCUCUCCUGGUGGUUACUUUCUGUUGUGUCUCUUGGACCUCUGCAAAGUACCACCACCAUGAUCAAGAGAAGGACAAAGAACUUAAGUACCUAUUGGAACCACUGGUGUAUGCUGAGGUCACUGCCCGUCGUGGACAAGCAGUUAUUUUGCCCUGUAUGAUGAGGUUCAAACUACCGCACUACAGAGUAAAGUGGACUAAGAUUGAACCCCUCAGUCGAGGAGUGGAAAAUAUAGUGCUCAUCACGAAUGGACAUGCGGAUAAGCAGUAUGGUUCAAUCGGGCCUCGAGCUUCUCUUCAACGUGCACACGAUCUGGAUGUUUCCCUCCGCCUCACCGAUCUGGAGCUGGAAGAUGAUGGUAGUUAUCGCUGCGAACUGAUUGACGGAAUUGAAGAUGAAAUUGUCAUCCUUACUCUGAGGAUUGAAGGGGUUGUAUUUCCUUACCAAAGCUACCACAGUCGGUACAGAUUUACUUACUUUGAUGCAAAAGAGGCUUGUGCAGAACAGGAUGCAGUACUUGCCACCUACAAGCAGCUUUAUCGCGCUUGGACUGAAGGAUUGGACUGGUGUAAUGCUGGAUGGCUGAAUGAUGGAACUGUCAGUUACCCAAUCCUUCACCCACGGCAGGCCUGUGGAGGUGAUCUCCUACCAGGUAUCCGAAGUUAUGGGCCCCGUCACAGAAUACGGGAACAGUAUGAUGCUUUCUGCUUCACCUCUACAACCAAGGGCUCUGUGUUUUACAUUCCGGGGCCACUGAAUUUUGUUGAGGCGGAACAUGCCUGCAGACAUGAGGGUGCCGAUCUAGCGAGAGUUGGUCAGGUCUACUCCUCCUGGAAGUUUCUGGGGCUGGACCACUGUGAUGGAGGCUGGCUGCUUGAUGGCAGUGUACGAUUCCCUAUCAUCAACCCAAGGGAACAUUGUGGAGGGAUUACAGAACAGGGCGUUCGUAGCUUUGGGUAUCCCAGCAAAAGUUUACGUCUUUAUGGGGCUUAUUGCUACAGGUAACUGCUGCCAUAUCAACCUAAAGGGUAGCACUUUACCUCUUACAGGUGAACUACUGUACCAUAAGAGGUGGUUCUGUAGGGCUUACUCUUACAGGUAGCCUACCAUUCAUGUGUGCAGAACACAAGCAUAUGGGCACCACUACAGGCUCUCUGCAGUGCAGUACUGCAGGUAAGGGAAUGUAUGAGCAACAAUUAGCAUUUUAGGUUACAGUUAGCAUUUAUAGAUAAUUGUCUGGGUAAUAUCACAGCUCAGUUUAGAACAGCCCUGCAGAAUGUAAAUUGCUUUUAAGCUAAAACAUAUUCUUCUUGGGAAAUUUCAAUUUCAAGAAUGAUAGUAACUCCACUUAAACUCCAGCUAAAAUUACUGCUAGUUCCAUAUUCAUUUCAAAAUGCUAACUCAUCUUCAACAACAGACUGUGUUCACAUAUGCAGUAUUGCAGUUUUGUUCACAAGAGCAAAAGCAACAGGUACUAAAAGUUUGGUGGCAGUGUUUAUCACACUUAGUGGCUGUGGUGUUCCAGUAAAACAUAAGGUCUGAGAUGACAAUUUACAGCGUAAGCUACUAGCAGCAAGAACAAUAUAUAAACCAAGUCUAACAAUUAUUCAAUUGUUGUAUUUAUAAUAAAAUCCAUAGGAGAUGUCUGCUAGUUUCUGCUAUAUUUCUGUUAGUAUAACAUUUGAGCAAGAGACCAGACACAUAUAUCUAUCUUACAGCAUUGUGUACACAAGUAAGUUGUUACUUUAGUCACUUUAUAGAUUUCACAAUUUUUACAAAAAAAUUAAAAGAGUCUUUUUAAAAAAAGAGGGGGAAAAGAACUUUAUUAAUUUUGUUAGCAUUUGUUUUGUUUUGUUUUGUUUUUUUUUUCAAAUCCAGAGGAACACAGUGUCCUAAAUGAUGUAUAUGUGGCACCAUAUACCGGAUGGUACCCCAUAAUUAGAUUUGUAUUUGCUUAUUUUAGCACUGUCAAAGAACAAAAUUGUAAAUAUAAUUACUAAUGACAAUACCUAAUGUGGAUUUAUACAUAUUCAGUUUGUCCUUUGUAUCACUUAUAAAAUACAUACAAAUGCAGUGUUUCUAAACUAUGACAAAAAGCAAUCAAGUAAAAACAAUUCCCAUGAAUCCACUUCACAAAUGUAUAAGACAUUACCUAGUGAUGCUAGUUAGAAUGUUAACCACAGAUUAUCUAAUUCUAGUGUUAAUCUAAUUCCUUAUAACCAAGACUACACAUAUAUUUAAAUAUUUUUUGUUUAUUUGUGAUUCAGCCAAACAAGUCUGCCAAAUUUAGUGAAAUUACAUGUGACUGCAAGACAAUCUGUAAGCACAUUUAAACCUUUUUUUGUUGUUGUGAUUGCUUGGAAUGUAAUUCAUUUGAUGUUUCUAUAGUGAUGAAAUACACCCUGGUUUCAGGCCAUCAAAAACUAAAAUGUGAUUUUGUUAGUGGUGCUUCUCUGAAAUGUAUAGUAGUAGUCUGUCUAAAAUGGCCAUUCCCCAAGAGUGUGCCAUAAUCCUGAAAAACAGAGCACCAUCUUCUCUUAAAAAAAAGAUUCGAUCUAGACUUGGGUUUAGAACUCACAAACAUUUGUGCAUUGUAUAAAGAAUCUACCCUGUUUCACAAAGCUUCACUGACCCAACAUUUUGACAUACAUCAACAAACAAAAGGGAUAGGUUUGUGUCUUACCUGACUUGAAUGGCAGGGCUUGCAAUGCCUUACAUGCCUGUGGCAAUAGGCAAAAGUUGAAAAUGCACCUAUUUAAUCACACUAGUUUAUUUAUUAAUUAUUAUUUAUUUAUUUUACAUUAAUUCCAAUAUUCUAAUACCAACAGAAAGUAUACAAAUAUUCUUAUGUAUUACAGAAAACUGUGUCCACAAAAAAAAAAAAAAAAAAAAAAAAUGUUGGGUCUUCCAUUUUAGUCUAUGAA